CCCGAACGACCGGAUUCCUCCUGAUAACUAGCACUUUAUGAGGGCUUCUAAAAUGCCUCAGCCACCCAUUCCUUCGGGCGAAGCGAGGGCAGGCCGCCGCAGGCGCCGCCAAGGCAAAAACAAGAAAAAAAGAGGCUCCGUUCAGCUGACCCCUUCCUGAUUAGUCAGGUAACCUAUUUUAUUGCAUGUUCCGUUGAGAAAGCUGCUAUCCGGGGUAAUUGGCCGGAGUCUGCCGCGAGCAAACGGGUGUCUGGAUACAGCUAAUCAAGACUGCGAAUCACCAUUGACCGGUUGUACAGACUCUGCACGUAAGGGUUUGUGGCACUUCGGUACGCGUACGAGUCUACAAGAUUGGAGGACGGCAAUAAUAACAGUAGAUGCAUGGAAAGUGCCAAGAACCCAGCAGCUCACCAACCAAUACUGGACAUGAUGUACGUCCAUGUUUCGGGUACGCAGGCCGAGCGGCCUCUGAUGAAAAGAAAAGCCGGUGUGGAGUUCCGCCGCCCGACCUUGAUCCCCAACAUGCCGCCCUCCGUCCUUUGACCGACAUCACCCCACCAUGCUCGGAAAAAUUGCGGCUCGCACAGUACCCGUCCAGCCCUGCCAUCUCAAACUUGGUCCAGCAGCGACCGGGAUUUCGGACUGUUAAGUUACCCCGAGCAACGCUGUCCUACCGAAGAAGCCGUUGCUUCCCAUAUUUCAAACUCUUACAUCGCUGCUCCAGGCCUUUUUUGACACAACCUGCAGCCAGUUCCCGGGCGUAUCAUUUAUCCAAAUCCCUUGACUCCUCAAUAAACCAGCGCCAGGCAUCACCAACCCCGCCGCCCACGAUGUCCGAAAACCAAGCCGCCUGGCUGCCCAAGAAGGGCGCCUACCCGCUCGAGGUCAAAGAAGCGCCCUACACGGCGCCGGGGCCGGGCCAGCUGGUCAUCAAGAACGCGGCCGUGGCCAUCAACCCGGUCGACUGGGCGAUCCAGAAGCCCGGGAUCCCGACCAUGAGCUACCUCAAGUACCCAGCGAUCCUCGGCGACGACGUGGCGGGCGAGGUGGUCGCAGUCGGGCCGGGGCCCGUGGGCGAGCUGUUCCGCGUGGGCGACCGCGUGCUCGGGUGCGCGGCGGGCCAGGACAAGCGGUGCAACGACGCCGUGCAGGGCGCGUUCCAGACGUACCCGGUCCUACAGAGCAUCCAGACGGCCAAGAUGCCCGACAACAUCGCCUACGAGGCCGCCUGCGUGCUGCCGCUGGCGCUGUCGACGGCUGCUAGCGCGCUGUUCCUUGACGAGUACGUCGGGCUGGCCUACCCGACCAGCCCGCGCGCGGAGCCCAACGGCCACACCGUGGUCAUCUGGGGCGCGUCGACCAGCGUCGGCAGCUGCGCCGUGCAGCUGGCGCGCAGCGCGGGGUACGACGUGAUCGCGACCGCGUCGCCCAAGAACUUCGACUACGUGCGCAGGCUCGGCGCCAAGGCCGUGUUCGACUACCGCAGCAAGACGGCGGUGGCCGACAUCCUGAAGGCGAUCGACGGCAGGCCGUGCGCGGGCGCGGUCGCGCUCGGCGCGCAGUCCAUGGGGCCGUGCCUGGACAUUGUAGGCGCGGCGCCGGGCGUGACGGGCAAGGAUGGAGCGAAAAAGCGCAAGUUCGUCACGCAGAUCAGCGGGCCCGUCAACCCCGAGGCGCUGGCCGAGGCCACCGCGCUGACCUUUGUCGGGCUCAUCUUCCAGUUCGUGUGGUUUGGGAUUAGCACGGCGGUCCGCGCGCGCGUCCGGGGCGUCCAGUACAAGUUUGUGUGGGGUAGUGAUCUCGUCGAGACGGACCUCGCUGCGCACAUCUACAACACGUACCUGCCGGCUGCGCUCGCCAGCGGCGAGUUCGUGCCCGCCCCGGAGCCGCACGUCGUCGGCCACGGCUUGGACAAGAUCCAGGACGCGUUCGAGUUGUGCAAGAAGGGUAUGUCGGCGAAGAAGGUUGUCGUUUCUCUUUGACGUUGUGUGGAUGGAGGAGGGUAAUUUGUUUCAUGCUGGGUUUAGGUUUUUGGAUUUCAUCUCCUUUCGGUGCUACGUUUUCGUUGAGAUAGGUCCGUGGACUGUGGACAUGACGAGUACCUUGCACAAAAUAAUUACACCAUCAAACAGACCGGCGAGCUAUCCUUCUUGACUUGCACUUGAAUUGAUAAUUAUGUAGCUACCUAGAACAAGUAUCUGGCUUUCUUAUACUCGA